AGUCGGCUUGGACUUCCAGAAAGGGAUCAGUAUGAAGGCCAAGGUAACAACGGAGAUUCUCAGGCGCUUGCGCAAUGCCAUGAAGGACCUCCACCUGACAGCCGAGCCGCUUCAAGCACUCAUCGUGCCAUCGGGAGAUGCACAUCAGAGUGAGUACGUGGCCGACUGUGACUGCCGUCGCGCCUUCAUCUCUGGUUUUGACGGCUCUGCAGGUAUGGCGGUGGUCACAGAGGCCCAGGCGGCUAUGUGGACAGACGGCCGCUAUUUCCUGCAGGCCGCCCAGCAGAUGGACAGCAACUGGACCCUCAUGAGAGUCGGCAUCCAGGACACGCCCACAUGGGAGGACUGGCUGCUCAGCGUUCUGCCCGACGGCUCGCGCGUGGGCGUCGACCCCUUCCUCGUCCCUGCCAGCACCUGGAAGUCCAGCUCGAAGCAGCUGAAGCGAGGAGGAAUCCAGUUGGUGUCCACAAGCACCAACUUGGUGGACGCCAUCUGGGACGACCGCUCCCCCCAGCCACAGAGCCCUCUUCUCGUGCUGCCUCUGAGCUACACAGGACUGAGCUGGCAGAGCAAGGUGGAGAUGCUGAGAGCCAAGAUGCAACAGAGGAAAGCAGCUUGGAUCGUCAUCACUGCCCUGGAUGAAAUAGCCUGGCUAUUCAACAUGCGUGGAGGGGACGUCGAGUACAACCCGGUGUUUUUCGCCUAUGCAAUGGUGGGGCUCGAAACCAUCAGGCUGUUUGUGGACGAGUGUCGGCUGCAGGAUGGUACCGUGCGUGCGCACCUGGAGCUGGACUUGGCGGUGCCGUCGCACGCGGGCAUGAGGGUGGAGGUCCUGCCCUACGCGGCCGUGCUCGCCUCGCUGCAGGAAGCGUCCACUCAGCUGGCCGCGGGGCAGCGCGUGUGGAUCAGCGACAAGUCCAGCUUCGCGCUCAAUGCCAUCGUUCCCAAGUCCCAGAGAAUGCAGAUGCCCUACACUCCAAUCUGCCUGGCAAAGGCCGUCAAGAACAAGACCGAGGUGGAGGGCAUGAGACGAGCUCACGUGAAGGAUGCCGUGGCCUUGUGCGAGUUCUUCUGUUGGCUGGAGAAAGAGGUUCCAAAUGGCGGUGUCACUGAGGUGUCGGCUGCUGACAAGGCAGAGUUCUUCCGCAAGCAGCAAGAUGACUUUGUGGAGCCCAGCUUUGCCACCAUUUCAGGCUCUGGACCUAAUGGGGCCAUCAUCCACUACAAACCAUCCAAGGACUCGGACAGACCCCUUUCCACGAACGAAGUGUACCUUUGUGACUCAGGUGCUCAGUACAGGGACGGAACAACCGAUGUAACCAGGACUGUGCACUUUGGAACCCCCAGUGCCUAUGAAAAGGAGUGCUUUACCCGGGUGUUAAAAGGUUACAUCGCGGUCAACACAGCAGUCUUCCCCAUUGGCACCAAAGGGCACCUGCUGGACACGCUGGCACGGAUGGCGCUGUGGCAGGUGGGCCUGGAGUACCUGCACGGCACGGGCCACGGCGUGGGCUCCUUCCUCAACGUGCACGAGGGCCCGUGCGGCAUCAGCUACAAGACCUUUGCAGACGAGCCCCUGGAAGCGAACAUGAUCAUCACAGACGAACCAGGCUUCUAUGAGGAGGGUGCCUUUGGGAUUCGCAUUGAAAAUGUUCUCCUGGUGAUCCCAGCCAAGACUCGGUACAACUUCAAGGACCGAGGCUCACUGACCUUUGAGCCACUGACCCUGGUACCAAUUCAGCUCAAGAUGAUUGAGAGAUCGUUGCUUACAGAGAGUGAGAUCUCCUGGGUGAACAAGUACCACGAACACUGCCAGGAGGUGGUAGGGGCUGAGCUGAAGAAGCAGGGCCGAGAGGAUGCCUUAAAAUGGUUACUUAAAGAGACAAAGCCUUUUUAAAUUUCACUCGAGGCUUAUAAAAAAAACACCCAUCUUGGAAAAUCGUCUAAUCCAGCAGGCAGUGAGUCAUCCCAACCAAUAUAUUUUCAACCAGAUUUUUAAAUAUUGCUGACCAAGCUAAUAAAUCAGCCAGCCAUGCAGAAUAGCCACUCUCUCUUGGCCAGAAAAAUAAACAUCAAGAAACCUGCACGUUAUGAGUGGAAAGUCCUUUAAAGAGUGGCUGUGAGUCAUCGUAACCAGCUAGCAUGUCAGCUCACCGAUCAAAAAUCAAGCCAGGUAACCAACUUACAAUCCAGACAUUCAAGGAUGUAACCUGACACUCAGAUGGUUAUCGAGUCAUAAAUCCAAGUGGCAACAGUCUUGUGCCAAAUGAAAACCAAAAAUGACCUUGAUGUAUGCUCCACUUUACCCCUGAAAUAAAGUUUGAAUGUGAACUUUUUACGAAUAUAUAACAAUCCUUACAUUGGUUGUACUGUGGCAAGUUGGAAUAAAUGAUUUAUUAAUCUUUGA